AUGAAGCGACGCGGACUUCCAAGUAAAAAUGGCGGACUCGUCGGGACCGAGCUGUCAGAGGAGAAAGAAGCAGAAAUUGAGUUAAAGAAAAGACAGAAACGACCGUGGGAGGAUUUGCACAGGUCCGUAAAAUCGGUAUAAACCGCGGAGCUGCCGGAGACGUUGGGUAGAUUUUACGACAUUAGCGCUGUCAGGAGGGAGCAGCGCGAGCAGCCCGCAGAUCCCUCGUUGACGCGCUUCAUUAGCGCAGAGCUCACCAGAGGCUACUUCCUGGAACACAAUGAGGCAAAAUACACCGAGCGCAGGGAGAAAGUUUACACAUGCAUGCGCAUUCCCAAGGAGCUGGAGAAGCUCAUGACCUUUGGCUUCUUCCUGUGUGUGGACGCCUUCCUGUACGUCUUCACCCUGCUCCCACUCAGGGUGCUGCUGGCCGUGCUCCGCCUCCUCACCCUGCCGUGCUGUGGCUUCAGUGGGUCUCGGCUGCUGCAGCCAGCGCAGGUAUGCGACAUGCUGAAGGGUCUGAUCCUGGUGCUGUGCUUCUCCAUGAUGCAUUAUGUCGACUACUCCAUGAUGUAUCACCUGAUCAGAGGACAGUCUGUCAUCAAACUCUACAUCAUCUACAACAUGUUGGAGGUGGCUGACCGCCUCUUCUCCUCCUUCGGCCAAGACAUCCUGGACGCUCUCUACUGGACGGCGACAGAACCCAAAGAACGGAAAAGAGACAGUAUAGGAGUCAUUCCUCAUUUCUUGAUGGCUGUCUUUUACGUCUUCCUUCAUGCCAUCCUCAUCAUGGUUCAGGCCUCCACGCUCAACGUCGCCUUCAACUCACACAACAAGUCCCUGCUCACCAUCAUGAUGUCCAACAACUUUGUGGAGAUCAAAGGAAGUGUGUUCAAGAAAUUUGAGAAGAACAACUUAUUCCAGAUGUCCAACAGUGAUAUCAAGGAGCGGUUCACCAGUUACGUUCUCCUGCUCAUCGUUUGUCUCAGGAACAUGGAGCAGUUCUCAUGGAACCCAGACCACCUGUGGGUGUUGAUGCCGGACGUCCUCAUGGUCGUCAUCUCUGAAGUUGCCGUUGACAUCAUUAAACAUGCGUUCAUCACAAAAUUCAACGACAUCACUGCCGAUGUGUACAGUGAGUACAGAGCCAGUUUGGCUUUCGAUCUUGUCAGCAGUCGACAGAAGAAUGCCUACACAGACUACAGUGACUCAGUGGCCAGAAGGAUGGGCUUCAUCCCUCUGCCUUUGGCUGUUCUGCUGAUCCGUGUGGUAAUGAGUUCGGUGAAGGUGCAGGGAGCUCUUUCAUACUCGUGUGUGUUCCUCUUUUAUCUUGGGGCGACUCUCAUCCACACCUGGCGCCUUGCCGCCGGGAAGCUUUUUGACUACCUCAGCAACCUCUGCCAGGGUUAUGGACGAAGGUUCCUCCGAGUCUCCAGACUCUGCCUCCUUCACAGAAGAUGUGACAGCAGGGUUCAGGAGAUCCUCAUCAUGUUCCUUCCACUGCUCAACAAUAUCCUUAGUUUGGGUCAGCAGUCUUCCUCCCCUGCUGAGGACAGCCUGAGACAAGCCCUGCUUUCCUUUCCGGAGACGUCUCACAGUUUCCCAGAACUUCCUUGAGCCCGACCGAAAGUCCUCCUCCUCCAUGGCCUCCCCGAACUCCUCCCAGUUUUAGCUUUGGCAACCGCCUCAGCUGCAGCCCUUCUGGCCAACCUGUACCUGUCUGCUGCUUCAGGAGACCCCCGGGCCAAUAAAGCCAGAAAGGCCUUCUUCAGGCUGACGGCCUCCUUCACCACUGGUGUCCACCAGCGGGUCCUUCGGUUGCCCCAUGAGAGGAACCAACGACCUUCUCACCACAGAUUCUAGCAGCCGCCUCCACAAUGGAGGUUUUGAUCAAGGACCACUCUGAUUCCAUGGCUGCGGUCAAAAACUUCAAAUAAUUUCCUUUCCUAACCACUUUUCCUUAACCUCCAGAGAAAAUGUCCUGAGGUCAAGGAAAGAUAUGAAUCAGAAUUAAUAAGGACUUAGGAAAAAACGAAAACAGCGUUUAGAGAAUCCUACUGCACUUCUCCUCGGCUCUGUAAUCAUGUGACGGCGGGUGUUACUGACGUGGUCUACUGUGAUGAAACUACAGCGUUCACAUGAUGGACAACAAAAAGCACAUUGGUUUUUAUUAUUUGUGUUUUCUUUUAGAAACUUCAUUUGUUGGCUUCUUCAAGUCCUUUGUAAUGUGGAUCUUAAAAAGUGCGCCAUAAAUUCUGAGUAUUAAUAUCAUGAUCAUAACUAUAUUUAUUAUUUUAAAUAUUAUUGUUAUCGUUAUUAUCUUAACUACUACUUCACCCUGUGCAUUCUCACCAUGUUGCUUAAUACAUGUUUUAACGGCUAAACAGGGAAAACCUGGUGAAAAGUAGCUGAGAUGAGAAUUAAAAUAAGGAGUAAUAAAGGCUCCCAGUCACAGAAGUGAAAUGUAACGUUGUCACAUGAGAUGGCUGCUCACCCUCCUCUUCCCAUCACGAAUCCUUACAUGAUUUCAUGAAAAUAAUGAAUAUGAAAAUAUGUAUGAUGUGUUAGAUCCGCUACUGUACAUAUAAGCAUUCUUACGUUUGACUGUGGAUCUGUGAUUUAAUAAAACAGCUGAU